AUGCAGAGGUCGUCAACACACAAUCCGCCUCCGCUGCAACGCCAGAAUGGUCGACUUCAGGCAUGCGAUCCUUGCCGGAUCCGCAAGGUCUCCUGCGACCACGCGCUGCCUGUGUGCGGGCGGUGUCUGAGAAAGAGCCGGCAGAGGGAGUGCAAGUACACCGCCAGCGAGGUGAGACCGAGGAGGCUCACUAGGCGCAUCUCACGAACCUCUCCGGAAGCGGUGCGAAGCACUGAAGCUGUACCAUCUGCUUUGUCACCUUACACGCCUCCUCCCAGCCAGACCCGUGUUCCCAACUCCCUCUCUGCCUGUCAACAGCACAUUCCUCCCGUCACAGAUCCCGGGUCGGGAUAUCUCGGGUCACUCAGCCACUCCACCGUCUAUGAAGAAGCUAAAAAUCGACUCUCUACGCUUCACAGCUUCCAAAUAUCCGCCCCUCUACUUAAUGAUGAAGCAAAGAAAGCCAACUACAUAAACUCAUCCGUCCUCCUUACUCCUUCAAUACGAGACAAGUGGAUCACUGUCCUCCGCAGCGUGCCCCGUCCACCUAGCUGUACUAUUAGGCUUCUUACUACGCCGAAUAAUAGCGGUGGCUGGGUCCGAGUUGCCGCUCACCGGAUUAUCAAGUCUUUGGACACCAUAUUCGGUCAAUCUCUGGGUACGGACCGUACGGAUGCACAACUAGAGGAAAUUGCCCAAGUAUUGACUGAGAAUACCCUAAAACCCCUUUCCGAGGAUAAUCCUGAUGCCAAUAGCUGGAUUGCUGGAUUUACCAACCAUAAUCUGCGAUGGGAAUCAAUAGGGCUGUUGUUUAUCUUUAGGAAGAACGGUGUUUUGGAGCUUAGUUCAGAUGGUACUUAUGAAGAAAUCUCGCUUGAUAUCUCACGUACAUGUUUAGAGUUAUGCAUUGAGCUAUCACGCAUCUUCUCCAGUGGAAGCAGUUUGCUUCUUUUUCUACUCUCGCGAAAGACCAUUAUGGAGUCAACGAUCAUGGGAUACGCAAGUCUAUCAGCAUGGAGACUGCACGCGGACACAGUGGCUCUCCUAACUUUCCUAGGAAUACAUACAGAUCCACAACAAGAUUCAUCUCAACCCAACUUUUGCCAAGAGAACCGAAAGCAACUCGCAGCAUUUAUCUUCAUGAUGGAUCAAACCUUUGUCAUGUUCACGGGGCGACCUCCUCUCAUAAACUAUAGGUUCAUGUUUAUGCCGUUACCUUUAGACAUUGAUGACGGUGAUUUCUUCGCUGAUGAGGCUGUGGUCACUCACUCGUUCAAUGGCUUGGAUGCAAAUGGUUGGAAUACACAUGGCGGCAUCUACUCCGUAAGUUUUAUUCGUGCCCGUACGAUCUGCGCCUUUAUUCGGGCAGAACUAGUGGAAGUUGCACUCAACAAAGCCGCCAAUACUUCAACGAGUACACUACUAGAUAUCAAGUCUCGUCAAAUCAUCGCAAUGAGACAAAUCCCCUCAUCACUAAUAUAUAAGCCUCGCGAGAUCCUGGACCCCAAAAUCCCCUCCUACCAUAUCUUGGCUCAGCUCCUUGUCCAAUUGGAUCACCUUCAGAAUAUCUUUAUUCUCGAGAGGCUUCUACUUCGUCAGAACAUGUUAGAUGAGGGUGACUUGCUUGUUACUAGCUUCGAGAUGGUAUCUCUUACACUCACCUUUUGGUCCCAUAAAGACCGCCUGCUCGAAGCGCGCAACGACUUUGAGUGGCUGUUAAUCGCUUACGCUGCUCCCGGAGGUGGAAUCAUGUGCAUGGAGCUUCUUGAGCCUACAUUUACAGGAACCCACCCCAAGAAUGACAAGAUUACUCGAGCAAGCAUUAUACAACAGCUGAGCAUGUUGGUCGCUUUUCUCGACUGGGUGCAUCCUCCCGCUCCUAAUGCCGAUCUUUGCGCCAACUGCAAGGCGGUGAUACAGCAUGUCCUCGAUCAUACAUUAAACACGACGAUUGAGAGUACUUGGCCGCCGCCAUCAUUGGAUUCUUUGCCUCUAGACUUCAAUUUUGAAUUGCUGGACACGUUUAGCUGGGCACGUGGGUAG